CAGGGCUUCCCACAGCUCCUGCCUCUCCCAGGGCAGGCAGGAGCAGCUCUGAGCACAGGGCCUCCAUCUCCUUGCCAGCACCGUCAGACACUGCCACUUCUGUGCUCAUUGCCACCGGCUACUGGCUUGAUGCUGGGCAGGAGGGCCUCUCGCUCUGAAACAGAAGAAAGCACUUUCAGCAAGUGAGAACCCAGAAGCCCAGGGAACCUAUAAGGUUUGUUUCCAGAUUGCAGAGGUGAUGCUGCGGAAAGGAGCCACUUAACCUCCCACAAUGCCCUUUUCUGACUUUGUCUUAUCACUGAAGGACAACCAGUACUUUGGGGCUGGGUUUGGCCUGGUCGGGGUGGGCACAGCUUUGGCAUUAGCCCGGAAAGGGGCCCAGUAUGGGCUGGUGGCUUUCAGGCGCCAUUACAUGAUCACCUUGGAAGUGCCUGGCAAGGAUAAGAGCUACAACUGGCUGCUGAACUGGAUCUCCCACCACGCCAAGCACACGCAGCAUCUCAGUGUGGAGACGUCCUACCUGCAGCAUGAAAGUGGGCGUGUCAGCACCAAGUUCGACUUUGUCCCCAGCCCUGGGAACCAUUUCAUCUGGUAUCGCAGGAAGUGGAUUCACAUUGAGCGGAACCGGGAGGUGAAGAUGAUCGACCUGAACACGGGGUCCCCCUGGGAGUCUGUCACCUUCACUGCGCUGGGCACCAACCGGGAUAUCUUCUUCAAUAUCCUCCAGGAAGCCCGGGAGCUGGCUCUGCAGCAGCAGGAGGGGAGGAUGGUGAUGUACACGGCUGUGGGAACGGAGUGGCGGCAGUUCGGCUUCCCCCGGCGCCGCCGGCCUCUCAGCUCGGUGGUGCUGGAGGAAGGGGUGUCGGAGCGGCUGGUCCAGGACGUCAAGGAGUUCAUUGACAACCCCAAGUGGUACAUCGAGAGAGGGAUCCCUUACCGAAGAGGCUACCUGCUGUAUGGCCCUCCUGGCUGUGGGAAAAGCAGCUUCAUCACAGCCCUGGCUGGGGAGCUACAGUACAGCAUCUGCCUGCUGAGCCUCAGUGACCACAGCCUCUCUGAUGACCGUCUCAAUCACCUCCUGAGCGUGGCGCCCCAGCAGAGCAUUAUCCUGCUGGAGGAUGUGGACGCUGCCUUUGUCAGCCGGGACCUUGCUGCUGAGAACCCAGCUGUGUACCAAGGCAUGGGACGUCUGACCUUCAGUGGGCUCCUCAAUGCACUGGAUGGUGUGGCCUCCACAGAGGCCAGGAUUGUCUUCAUGACCACCAACUAUGUGGACAGGCUGGACCCGGCGCUGGUGCGACCCGGCCGCGUGGAUCUAAAGCAGUACGUGGGGCACUGCUCCCGUGGGCAGCUCACCUGCAUGUUCCAGCGCUUCUACCCCCAGCAGCCCCCGGCUGCAGCCCAGCGCUUUGCUGAGCAGGCCCUGGCUGUCUCCAAGCAGAUCAGUGCUGCCCAGGUGCAGGGCCACUUCAUGCUCUACAAGAUGGACCCUGAAGGAGCCAUUUCAAAUAUAGGCUCCAUCCUGCAGUGACCAAGGGGCCUGUUUCCCCGUGGCCACUGGCUGAGAGGACUGGGACAAGGACAUGACCAUCCUGGGGGAUGCUGUGGAGCUGUCCAGCCAUGCAGGGACUGACAGAUCCAGGUCUCUGUUCACCUCUGCCCCUCCAAGGCCUUUUUUUAAAUAUCAAAACAUGAAGAAUCAGAGCUGCCAGCCUUGCAGCAGGGAGAGGGAACCAGCUCCUGCUGCCCCCCAGAUUUGGGUGCUUGGGUACUUGCCCCGCUCACCAGUGUGUGCCUCAUGCUGGAAUUGCCAUAGGCUGCCCAGGCUGCUGGAUGUUAAUCCCCUUCCUCACAGGGCAGCCUGAGGGUGCCCCAAAAAGGCAUUUCCCUGGAACAGGACAUUGGGGUGUCACACUGUUAAAGAGCUGCUGGUCUUGAAAGGGGCAGUUGCUGUCACUGGUGUUUGAAUAUCCUCUGUGAAGUGCACAA